CGAUGCAACGGUGACACACAUUGCGUAACCUCUCGAUCGGGCGUGUGCACUCGAUCGUGCGCGAAUCGUCUCGUCCGGUCGUUUUCUCCUAUCCAUUCAUCUCUUUCUUUCUUCACCUUUCAUCGGGAAGAAACCGCUAGGCGCCCGUUAGGGGAGAAGCGAAAUCAUUUCUACGUGUCGCGAAACGGUGCCCCGUAUCCACAGGAACGUCAGAAUACACGCACAGUUGCGUAAAAGUUGUAUCUGGUCGCAGAAGAAAGUGUGUUGCGUAAGAGUUCUCGCGUGUUUUAUCGACGAUGACUCUGCUCGAGGCGAUCUCUUCAAGGACGAAUUUGUUUUAGAAAACCGAGAGUCAGGGGAGUUUGAGAUUCAGUGGAAACAAGAGGAACAGAUAACCUACGGAUUUGAAUAUUUCGAGAUUCAAGGGUGCCUUAGAAAAGGGGGUCGACUUGAAUGGCAAAGGAUUACACGAACGAAAAUGCGAUUAAAUUGGACAAAAUAACGAAGAAUGCAGCGGUAUGAUUGCAGCAAGAGUUACAUCACAUCGGUAAAAGAUGGGCUCGUCCGCGAUCGGCACGAUGACGACUAUGGCUGCGAGUUUCGCGUUCCUGACCUUCGUCGUAGUGCCUCAAGCUGCUCUGGCCCGAAUAGCGUUCGAGAAGCUAACGGACUACGAUUACCGUGGCACCACGUAUUACAGCGCGCCAAAUCUGACGUUGUACGAGUGUCAAGAAUGGUGCAGGGGAGAGCCCGAGUGUCAAGCAGCGGCGUUUUCGUUCGUGGUGAACCCCUUAGCGCCUGUACAGGACACCGUUUGUCAGCUGCAGAACGAGACUGCGGCGACGAACCCUACGGCGCAGCCACAGAGAGCCGUGAACAUGUACUAUAUGACGAAGCUUCAAAUUCGACCAGAGAACGUGUGCCUGCGGCCAUGGUCGUUCGAGCGUGUCCCGAACAAGAUGAUUCGCGGGCUGGACAACGCGUUGAUCUACACGUCGACGAAGGAGGCUUGCCUCACGGCCUGCUUGAACGAGCAUCGGUUCACCUGCCGUUCGGUCGAAUACAAUUACGAGAUGCUGAAGUGUCACUUGAGUGAAUUCGACCGUAGAACGACCGGCCAAUAUAUCCAAUUCGUGGAUGCUCAGGGUAUAGAUUACUUUGAGAACCUCUGUCUGAAAGGAAAAGAGGCUUGCAAGUUCCAAAGGACCUUCCAGUUGCCCAGAAUCGGCGUGAACGAAAACAGAGUCGCGCAAUACGCGGGAUUGCAUUAUUACACGGACAAAGAGCUGCAAGUCCAAAGCGAGUCUGCUUGCAGAUUGGCCUGCGAGAUCGAGAACGAGUUCCUCUGCAGAUCCUUCCUUUAUCGGGGCGCCCCUCAAGAAUCCGCUUACAACUGCCAGCUGUUCCAUUUGGAUCACUGGACUCUCCCCGACGGGCCCUCCACGUAUCUCACCUCUGAAAGGCCUCUGAUCGAUGACGGGGGCAGGGUUGGGACGUACUUCGAGAACUAUUGCGAAAAGGGUACUGGAUCGACCGCGGAACCCACCGUUGUAAUCGAGACCACGGAAGAUCCUGCGAUCAAUCUGACGAGAAACGACAUCAAUUGCGAUAAGACUGGCACCUGUUACGAUGUAUCGGUGGACUGCAAAGACACGCGGAUCGCUGUGCAGGUUCGAACGAACAAACCGUUCAACGGUCGCAUUUACGCACUGGGCCGAUCGGAGACGUGCAACAUCGACGUGAUCAACAGCGAUCUCUUCAGGCUCGAUCUGACGAUGAGCGGCCAGGACUGUAACACUCAGAGUGUGACUGGCAUCUAUUCGAACACGGUCGUCCUUCAACACCAUUCCGUGGUGAUGACCAAGGCCGAUAAGAUAUACAAAGUGAAGUGCACGUACGACAUGUCCUCGAAGAACAUCACCUUUGGGAUGAUGCCUAUCAGGGACCCGGAAAUGAUCAGUAUCACCAGCGCGCCGGAGGCCCCUCCUCCAAGGAUUCGCAUCCUCGACAGCAGAUCCAGAGAAGUCGAGACCGUCCGCAUCGGCGACAAGCUCACCUUCAGAAUCGAGAUCCCGGAAGACACUCCCUAUGGUAUCUUCGCUCGCAGCUGCGUCGCCAUGGCGAAAGACUCGAAGAGCACAUUCCAGAUCAUCGACAAUGAGGGAUGUCCGGUUGAUCCAUUGAUCUUCCCUAGCUUCACCUCUGACGGAAACGCUCUACAAUCCGUCUACGAGGCGUUCAGAUUUACUGAAUCCUAUGGAGUGAUCUUCCAGUGCAACGUCAAAUACUGUCUGGGACCUUGUGAACCGGCUAUCUGCGAAUGGGAACACGAAUCGGUGGAGUCAUGGGGCAAGAGACGUCGAAGGAGCAUCGCAAACGCUACGGAAGAAAAGGCUGACGAUAUGACAUUGUCGCAGGAAAUACUGGUUCUUGACUUCGGCGACGAGAAGCAGUCGGACUUCUUGAAGAGCGACGCUAGCAUAGACUUCAACGAAGCCGAUAAAACGGUGACCAUAGUAGAACCUUGCCCGACCAAGACGUCCGUCCUAGUACUGGGUGUGACAUGCGCCCUCUUGGUCCUGAUCUACAUCUCCACUAUCUUCUGCUACUACAUGAAGAAGUCGCUGUCGCCUCGCAAAAUGAUGCCCUGA